GUUGGAUGUUGCACCAGCUGGCUGCUGAAGAUGUCCGCAUAUAUCCACAAAUAUCCACUGUCCCGUCUCGCCCCUGCAACUCCCCCUUCUCCCCCGCACGACUAGGAAUCAAAUAUGUCUUCGACCUCGCAGCCCCUCACGCGCUCCAGCGUCCUGAACGCACUCCCGCUGAUCGCACCGUACAUCCACACGACGCCCGUCGUAACCUCGACCACGCUCUCAUCGCUCUCCACGCCCACCACCGGUCCCCGGCUUACCCUCUUUCUAAAAUGCGAGAACCUCCAAAAAAUCGGCGCCUUCAAGAUCCGCGGAGCGACGCACGCCAUCGCCCGGCUCAGCGAUGCCGAGCUCUCCCGCGGCGUGGUCACGCACUCCUCCGGAAACCAUGCGCAGGCGCUGUCGCUUGCUGCAGCGGAGGCGGGCAGGCGGCGCGGCAUCGCUGUGCCCGCGUAUGUGGUUAUGCCUGCGGGCAGCACACCGUCGAAGAUUGCGGCUACGAGGGGGUAUGGUGCUACCGUGACGUUUUCGGGGCCGACGGCUGCGGAGAGGGAGGCGGUCGUUAGGGAGGUGCAGCAGAGGACCGGCGCGGUGCUUGUCCCCCCGUAUGAUCACCCCGAUGUCAUCGUGGGUCAGGGCACGGUUGCGCUGGAGUUUUUGGAGCAGGUAAAGGCCAUGGUGGCUGCGGGGUUGGAUGUCAUCGUUGCGCCCUGUGGGGGCGGCGGGUUGUUGGCUGGUAUUGCGACCGCGUGUGAGGGGACUGGGGUCAGAGUUUAUGGUGCCGAGCCGAGGGAGGGCGCGGACGAUUGUGUUAGGGGGCUGAAGGAGGGGAAGAGGGUGGAGGCGGUGAAGAGCUCGACGGUGGCUGAUGGACUGAGGACUCCGGUUGGCUUCAAUAAUUGGGGGGUCAUAAGCAAUCCGGAGAAGGUCCAUGGGGUGUUUUCGGUGGGAGAGGAAGAGAUCAUGGAAGCUAUGAGGUUGGUCGUCGAGAGGUGCAAGAUCCUCAUCGAGCCGAGUAGUGCUGUGCCUGUGGCUGUGGUGCUUGGAAAUCCCGAGUGGAGGGCGGAAAUACAGCGUGUCUUUGCGGGGCGGGAAGAGGUGAGGGUGGGGAUUGUCAUCAGCGGAGGAAACACUACGAUUGACAAGAUCAUCGAGUUGUUUAGUAAGAAGACGGAGAAAGAAGCAUGAGUGGCGU